ACUGCCAUUUGUUCGUAUGCUUUGCUUCCAGAGGCAGGAACCGCCGGUCCGCCGUCCGCCAACCACAUCUCGCGACAUCCCAGCUCAUUGGUUCUUGCCAAGGAAAAAGGUGGAAAAGAUCGAAUCUUUUUGCUGUUCCAGUUCCUUUCCUGCUCUUCGUUCGGCGCCAUGAGCAAUACGCUGCUUCGGGUGUACCCUUCCGAGCUCAAGAUCCCAUUUGAGAUCAAGAAACAGCGGUCUUGCUGCAUGCAGCUGACGAACAGGACCGACCAGUACGUGGCCUUCAAGGUGAAAACGACGAACCCAAGAAAGUACACGGUUCGACAUACCUGCGGUAUACUUCUUCCCUGGAGCUCGUGCAAUGUCACAGUUAUUAUGCAAGCUCCUAUGGAGAUGCUAUCAGAUUACCAUUGCAAGGACAAAUUCCUUGUGCAGAGCGUCGUGGUGCCGGAUGGGGCGACGAUGAAAGACUUUGUGCCUGGAUUAUUCUCUAAAGCUCCGGGCAGGGUAAUUGAGGAGUUCAAGUUGCGUGUGGUGUACAUAGCUGCUAAUCCUCCCUCACCGGUUCCUGAGGAGGCAGAAGAAGAGGAUUCAUACCCUCAGUCAGAGGUGAUGGGCUAUGAAAUGAAAAGAUCUUCUGUCUCUGAUGCUGCACCUACUUGUACAGGCGCAUCUGGAGAAGAAUCUUCAUGUGCUGAAGGUACCUCAGUAAUAUCAAGGCUGGUUGGAGAGAAGGAGCGUGCAGUAGAUGAAAAACAGAAGGUUCAGCAAGAAAUGGAACUGCUUAGGGAGACAAGAUCACCUCAACAGGGAUUCUCACUCAUAUUUGUACUGAUAGUCUUCGUGGCAUCAGUCUUCAUUGGACACUUGAUGAACGCAAUCAAGGUUUAGAAAGGGUUCAUCAGGUUCUAAGUAAACAUAGAAAAUGAAAAUUUUGCAUUGAAUUCAUGUGUAUAUGUUUUUUUGACGGGAUAAUCGUGUGUACAUAUUUUUGUCAGUUAUAAUCCUAUGUCAGGUUCAGUUAUAUAGGAGUUCUGAUUUUAA